AUGCCCCGUUCCGCCCCCUGGGCACGGGGUCCCGCCUGGGCGGGGCGGAAUGAGCGCCACGGGCCCGCCGGGAGCGCCUGCAGACGUCGCUGGCCUGCGGGGGCCGCUGCUUCUCCUCUUCCCGCCGACGGUCGUCGAGUGAGCGCACGACGCAGCUUCCCGCGUGGGCAGCGCCGACGGCAGGGCGGCCGCCCGGGUUACCUGGCCCACAGCCACCUUUGGUCAUACUCUAAUGUCAACCUUUACGUGAUGGCAGAACCACUUAAUCUUCAACAUAAGGAAGUUGCAGAUGCAGAUUUAAGCAACAGGGUCCCAGGAAGUUCUAUGGAAGACAAAACUGGUAGAGAGAACUGCAUAGCUGCAGCUGAUAAAGAAAAUACUGUGUCACAUUCUAAUUGGAUUAAUGGGAAGCCAAAGAAAUUGCAGUGUUCCUCUAAGAGUGCUUUUUCUAUUUGCUAUGAUAAGAGUUUCUUGAGUUUAUUAGUACCACCCCCUAAAGGGGGCACUUGCCAUCGUUGUGGUCUGUUUGGAAAGCUCAGAUGCUCACAGUGUCUGCAAACUUACUAUUGCUCUGCAGAUUGUCAGAAAAAAGACUGGCCAGCACAUAGAGUAGUUUGUGAUCCCCUUAAACAGAAUUUAAGUCAUAGCAAAACCAAGACAGGAGUUUAUGUUAAGGAGGAAGUGAGGUUGAGUUUUGCUGUAGAUGUUGUACUUCCAGAUUCUGACUGCCUAAAUAAAGUUCCCUUAGAAAUGAAGUCUCAUUUAGCUUCAGGAGGUGAUGCCAAAGUAGACUCUCCAAGAGUAUCAGAAAACCAUUCAAAGGGAGGUGAAAAAAAUAUACCUGAGGAUGAAGACUCUUCUCACUGUGUUAAUUCAAUUACCAAGUUUGUCUCUUUAAGUAUUGGAGAUGAAUUUUUUGGUGUGGUUUCUCACAUUCAAAGUCCAGACACCUUUUUUUGUCAGCGGAUGCAAAGUGCCCGUCAACUUGCUGAGCUUGAAGCAUCCCUUAAUGAAUACUGUGGCAAAAUUCCCAGUAGUCCAUCUUUCCGUCCUGCUGCUGGCAAUGUGUGCUGUGCCCAGUUCACAGAGGACAACCUUUGGUAUCGUGCUGCUGUUACUGCUUAUGCUUCUGAAGACACUGUUUUGGUGGACUAUGUGGAUUAUGGUAAUUCUGACUCUCUUCCACUGGCCAGACUUCGUCCUAUAAUUCCAAGCUUAAUGGACUUGCCAGCUCAAGCCAUAAGAUGUAGCCUGGCAGGUGUAAAGGCACCAUUAGCACGGACCUCAGAAUGUAUUUCCUACUUGAGAAAACUGGUGAAAGACAAAGUGUUGACAGUAAAAGUAGUGGAUAAAGACGGUUCUAAAUCUGUGGUGGAGCUUACAGAUGCCUCAAGCACUCCAGUAAUAAAUGUAUCAAGCCUUCUCCUUGAGGAAGGCUUUGCAGCUGAGGAGCUGAGCUUGGCCUCACCAGCAGCCAGAGGGAGUGAUGUGGAGCCAGCCAAGGAGGACACAACGAACAAAAGAAUGUGCAAGUGGAUUAAAUUAACUCUUAACCAAACACUCAGUGUCAUAGUGUGUACAGUGUACAAUCCUGGAGAAUUCUACUGUCAGAUUUCAAACAGCCAUGAGUUACUUGCUCUAAACUCGCUUAACAAAACAUUGUCUGAAUACUGUCAGAAUACACCACCAGAUGUUUUGGAGCCUGAGAAUGGAGACCCUUGCUGUGCUUUCUACUCUGAAGAUGGUAACUGGUACCGUGCUGUGGUGCAAAAAGUCACUUCAGGUGGAAGAGUUCGAGUGAGCUUUGUGGACUAUGGGAACACUGAGGAUGUCCCACGGGAUAACAUCCGCCAGAUCUCACCCUCCUUCCUGAAACUUCCAUUUCAGGCAAUUAAAUGCUGGCUCUCAGGUAUAAAGCCUGGAAACAGCAAGUGGAAUCCAGAAGCUACAAGAAGAUUUCAUAUGUACACUUCAGGCUUAGAGCUUCAAGCCACAGUAACUUCCCUUUCUGAAGAUGGGGCAGGUGUAGUGCUUACUGAUAAUUCUGCAGAUUGUCCAACAAUUAUCAAUGAGAUACUAACUUCAGAAAAACUGGUUGUAAAGGAACUUCUACAAGAUGAAAAUGACUUUCCAAACACAUCUGUGGACCAGAAAGCAACUUCACUUGGGCACUGGAAGUCAAUUGAGUUGGCUGUAGAUGAAACCAUGUCUGUCUGUGUAACUGAAGUUGUAAGCCCAGACUUGUUCUAUGCUGUACCAUUUCCAAAAAAAGGUCAAAACAAGCUCUUUAAGGAGCUGAUUUCACUGGAAGACUAUUGCAGAUCUUGCAACAAGCAGCCCUUCCAACCAAAACUGGGUGAAGCCUGUUGUGCUCAGUUUUCAGGUAAUGGCAAUUGGUACAGAGCUGUUGUUCUGGAAGCUUCCCAGUCUGCAGUGAAAGUUCUGUAUGGAGACUAUGGCAACACAGAAACUUUACCCCUUUCAAAGGUGCUGCCAAUCACUGAUUCCUAUUUAAAGCUGCCUUUUCAGACUAUUACAUGUUCACUUGCAGGAAUAGAGAAAGCUGAGUGGUCUCCAUUAGUGCUUGACACGUUGAAAAAACUGUUAUUGAAGCAACAUGUCACAAUUACAGUGAAAGGGAUUAAUGGAAAUGUUAAUAUUGUAACAGUGGAGAAGCAUUUGGACAAUGGUUAUGUGAAUGUAGCUGACAAACUGCUAAAGGAGGGUUUGGUGACAUCCUGCAGUGCUGACAACUCACACAGUGAACAUCAAGGUAAUGAAGGUGAGACCAGCUGCUGCUGCAAGGAAUUAAAAGUGCAAGUAAGAUUUACUCCAAGCAAUACUUCCUUUUUUAUGUUUCCAGAAUUCAAAAGAAACCCUGUGUAG